UGCAGUGCAUGGUGCCGGCGCUGCAGGCCGCCGAGCCGGACGGCGUCGCCACCAGGGAGUGGUUCCUGCAGCUCAUGGCACGCACGCAGGUCGCCUUCAAAGAGACUGAAGACGAGUCCUCGAAGCUGUACCUUUGCGACGUGUUCACCCUGAGUGUGAUAGUGUUUAGCGGAUACUGGAGCCUGCAGCCCGAGGACUCGGCGGGCAGGAGUGAGAGACAGGCGCUGCUGCCCGCCGCCGUCGCCGCGCUGCUCGCAAGAGACGGCUGGAGUGACUGCACGCUGCAGAUGCUGGAGUGGUUGUGGCACACGCGGGACUCAGUCCGCGACGUGUCGGCGCAGCUGUGGUGCCAGCGCGCCCUCCUCGCCGCGAGACACACGCGUCACUUCGCACAGCAUCGGAUAUGGACCAAGCUAGAAAGUCAUUUCGGCCGCGACAUUGUCGACGAUUAAAGUUUCAGACGAGUAUUAUAUUUGCAUCAAUAUUUAUUCUAACAAUAAUAAUAUUCUAAUGCCACCUAAAAGGUAUAUUACGAAUGGCGGAUUUAUACUUUGUAAAAAAACAAUUUAUCGAAUUUUGUAAUUUUGACUUCAGAGAUUUAAAUGUAUCCAGUACGUCAUUAAAAAUACAAAAUAAUGUGUAUAUCUACACGAAAUAUUUAAAUGGUGAAUAAAAGAAUAAAAAUGCAAGUAAAGCCAAAGACCUAAUAAUCAAUGCAAAAAGAGCUUCCACAUUAAUUGUAAUCAAAAGUUAUUAAAAAACAAAACA